AUGGCGUGGACCUUGAAGGCAGAUGCACCGUCCGAUCAGACUGCGCGACCCCCCUUGGUGACGCAUCAGUCGAACUCGCUCCCCUCAACUCCAUAUCAACAUCCCCGUGACCUUUCCUUCCACUCGAGGACACCUUCGCCGCGUCGCAAUAGCACGUCCCCGCGUUCUACACAGUCGGAAUCAAAUCACCAGCUGCCCUCAUUCCGAAAACCCCUCGGCGGUUGUAAAUAUGAGACCGGCAUGGCAUUUUUCCGGAGACGGAUGCCAUAUAGUUUGGGAGGGGAUUUGCUGCCAGAGGAGAAGGAGGGUCUAAAAGAACGCCUGGAUUCCGCUCAGGAAGAGAAGCUCACAGAGGAUAUGAAGGAAGUAUACGAUCGAUUACUACCAUCGGCGGAAAGUGACGAUCGUCGACGGCAACUGGUUCGAAAACUGGAAAAGUUGCUGAACAACCAGUGGCCGGGUAGCAAUAUCAAAGUUCACGUCUUUGGGUCUUCUGGCAACAAGCUGUGCUCAAGCGAAUCCGAUGUGGAUAUUUGUAUAACUACGACGUAUAAGGAGCUCGAGCAUGUGUGUCUGAUCGCGGAGGUUCUCGCAAAGCACGGUAUGGAGCGAGUUGUCUGUGUUUCCCACGCCAAGGUUCCGAUUGUGAAAAUCUGGGACCCGGAAUUGCAGCUGGCUUGUGAUAUGAAUGUCAAUAAUACUUUGGCACUCGAGAACACCCGCAUGAUCAGAACCUACGUGGAUAUCGACGAGAGGGUUCGACCAUUGGCCAUGAUCAUAAAAUAUUGGACGAAACGACGAAUAUUAAACGAUGCGGCACUUGGUGGCACUCUGAGUUCCUACACUUGGAUUUGCCUAAUCAUAAACUUUCUACAGACGAGAGAACCCCCGAUUCUGCCAAGUCUCCAGGCACGUCCGCACAAGCAGCGUGUGACCGCUGAUGGCUUAGUCGCCUCUUUCGACGAUGACCUUGAUUCCCUCUCUGGCUUCGGGCGAGCAAAUAAACAGAGUCUUGGUGGUUUGCUAUUCGAAUUUUUUCGAUAUUACGGUCACGAAAUCGAUUACGAGAAAUAUGUCAUUUCAGUUCGCGAAGGGAAGUUGAUCUCGAAAGAGGCAAAAGGCUGGCAUCUUUUGCAAAACAACCGUCUAUGCGUGGAGGAACCUUUCAACACUUCAAGAAAUCUAGGAAACACGGCAGAUGACUACUCUUUCCGAGGUCUCCACAUGGAACUGCGCAGGGCUUUCAAGGCAGUGUCAGAAGCCGAUCUCGACCAAUGUUGCGAACAGUACGAAUUUCCGCCUGAGGAAGAGAGGAAUUGGGAGAGGCCAGCGCCACAGCCUCGACCCAUCAUUACACCAAUCCCUCCCCAUGCUUCUUCUCGUGGUGGUCGAGGUGGUGGUCGCGGAGGCAGACAUUCAAACCAGUAUCCUCGUGGUGGUAACCCACCUCGUCGAUCCUCGAGUGCUGCGAACCGACCUAGCAAUCACUAUCGGCACGCAAACGUUGGGGUGUCUGCAUCCGAUCUAUCUCUGCAGGCGCAGCAAGCCCAAUUUCUGCUCCACGACCAUCUCUAUCAGCAGAUCCAGAUACUACAGGCCCAAGAGCAGGAAUUAAGGCUUCAACUCCAGAACCAGGCACUCAUCAGCGGGCGGCCACCGCCAGUUCUUAUUCGGCAGCCGUUCAUCCAGUUCCCCUUUCAACAGGAGGGUACCGGUGAUGAAAACUCUCGUACGAGAUCUGGUACCGUCAAUCACCCGCCCCUGACAGCCCCAAUUCGCCAGCAGGUCUUCUAUAAUCCUGCCUAUCUCCCGGUAGCAGUUCCCGCAGUGCAGGGCAGCAAUACCAACCCCCCGUCUCCAUCUGCUACUGCGGCCAUUCCGGAUCUGCGACGGAAUCAUCGGCGAUCAUCUGUCACAAACGGAUCUCCAGGCGGGUCAUUGCGAGCCCAUUCUCAGCCUGCGCGAUCAAUGCACUCCCCGGUGGUGCAGAACAUCCCUUCGCUGUAUUCCCAAUCACAGCCUGUUGAUAGCCCGCAGACUUCAAAGCAGCAUCAUACCCCAGGGUCUCCCGGGGGUACUCAGGGUGAAACUGAGACUGCUUUCAUGCCCAGCAGUCUUCCAACGAUGUCACGGUCGACGUAUGGCGACGAAAGUCGGCCAUCGGAGUACCCUGGCUACUAUCUCAGCACCUCCCCUCUAUUACAGACGUAUCCUCCAAACACCAUAGUCCCAUCGUUCUCUGCCCCAGUUGGUCUAGCAACCCAGAAUGGCGUUCCAUCAUAUAUCCGCAAUCCGCAGGAAUACCUGUCAUCCGGUGGAGCCGCGUCUGAUCCGCUCAGCUCCUCGCCUGAUGGCGGUUCCGUCCCUGGUUCGAAGUCGUCAUCGUCGCAACGGCAGAGUGCACCGCGUCCUAUCCCACCCCGUGAUCGAGGCCCUUUGAUUGUGGAUGGAUCGGUGCCCCCAAGCGAUCACCGAAGUUCAUACCAGAUGGAGAACUUCGAUCACUACUCGAGUAUGAGCCAUAGCUCUGACGAAAAUAACUUUGAUACCCCUGUGAGCACCUCGGACACAUUAUCUCAAGAGUUACAGGACCCUGCCUCCUUCGAGUUAGAUCGCCAAAACUUUGUUGGUCGUCCCAAUCCUGAACUUCAUGACGCUUCUUCUACGAACGAUAGCCAUAUCAGUCCCCACAAUGGGAGACUUGGGUUUCUCUCUGGUCGCUUACAGAAGUUGCACGUCUCCGGCUCCGACCAGCUGGACGAGUCGCCAACGAAGCCAGGAUGGGAUAAGUCGAAAACCCGUUCUUCUCCAGCCAGGGAACAGAUAAACUCGGACACCCGUUUACCUGUUGGCGGAGACCGGACAACGUUGGAACUCUCCCCUGUGACGGAGUGCUGUACGCCAUCACCGAUCAAGCGUCGUCCCAACGGUGUUGAUGUCGACAAGCCGAACGGUAUCAGUCACAAGUCCAAAUCAAAGGGCCGACAGGAGACCGCCAAUGCUGCAUCUCACUCAGCUGCGGACGUCAAGGAACGUCAGUCAGAAUCGCUGCUGCGGAAACCGAAUGGUGUUACACCGGUAACUAGUGGGCACGAUUCGCACGCCCCAAGCACACCAAAUGGUGGUUGGCAGACAACGAAAAAGAAGCACAAAAGGAAUGCGAGAUCAUCCGCUGAACCGCGCCACGCCUAUUUGAAUGGCGCGGAGCCUCUUCCAGUGGAUGAGUCUAUGCGAAAAGGCGGCUAA